AUGUUGACUGUGGUGACAAUCAUGGUUGUAGUGGUGAUGGUGAAGGAGAUUGAUAAUAAUGGGAUUGGGGAUGAUAGUAAUGGGGAUUACCAGGAUAUGACUGAUAGUGAUGAUGACAUGACCACACUGACCCACAGUAACUUCUGGCAGUUUGGAAGGAUGAUCAAGCUCAUGACUGGGAAGAGUGCCUUAUUCUCAUACUAUGGCUACGGCUGUUACUGUGGCCUAGGGGGCAGAGGAAAUGCAGUAGAUGACACUGACAGGUGCUGUCAGGACCAUGAUUGCUGCUAUGCUGAGCUGAAGACCUGCUGUGGCUGUCAGCCAAUGUUUAGCAGCUAUCAAUUCCACAUUGUCAAUGGAAGUGUGAUUUGCUAUGGUGGCGGGAGCCUCUGUGGGUCACUGGCCUGUGAGUGUGACAAGAGAUCUGUUCACUGCUUCAAAGAGAGUCUUCUCACCUAUAAGAAGAAUUAUCAGUUCUAUAGUCAGUCUCGAUGUGGCGUGAACAAAGUUAUAUGCUAAGGAAGAGGCCGGGAUAUAGUGAUUCCCCACAGCCACAGAUGAGAGAUUGCCUCUUCUCUUAAAACUCUGGACAAAACUCACCUCCAGGAAAACUUCCCAGAUUAAGCUCAGCACACUUAGAUUCAUGGGCCCACACAGACUGGUUGAGCUUUGAACUUGGACAUAGAAUGUUCGAGCCAGAAGAACUUUAGAAUCUAGAAUGUCAGACCUAAAAGGGACCUUACUGAUUUCUUUAUUUUACAUUAGGAUUUAUGUUUAAGGCACUCUUGGAUCAGCAUCCCAUUGUAACUGUGGGUUUACUUUUGCUACACAGAGGAUACAUUUGUAUCAAGCAAAAAAAAAAACACUGCAACAAAGAAUAUUGCAAAUAAAGUGAAAAGAAAGCAUCCUCAAAAACUACACAAAUAAAAUCCUCCCACCUACAAAUUACCUACAGUACUAAUGGGGUGGGCACACAUACAGAGAACACAUGAACCCAGGGAAUAUACAUGGAAGGUAUACUUCUAAG